AUGUAUUUCCAUUCCACCAUCGCCCUAGCAAUCCAAGCAAUAUUAUUCAAUGUGGUGAUUGCCAAAAGACAGCAGAGCAGCUGCUCGAUCAAGAGUGGCAGAAGCAAUGCCACUGAUGACGCUCCAGCGAUUCUUGAGGCUUUCAAACAAUGUGGCCGCAAUGGGAGAGUCAUUUUUGAGCCAAAAACUUAUUACGUGAACUCGGUCAUGAACAUUUCGUGGCUUGAAAAUGUGGAUAUUGAAAUCCAUGGGAAGCUGCUGGUAAGAACCUUGAAUGAGUGCACCGACAUCCCCUAUUGGCUGAACAACUCUCUGGAUGUAGGAUAUCAAAAUCAGUCAACAGCCCUUAUCCUUGGAGGAAAUAACGUCCGUGUCAAUGGAUAUGGUAAAGGCAACUUUGAUGGCAACGGUGACUACUGGUAUCAAUGGAUCAGAAAGCAACCAAACACAUCCAACUACCCGGGUCGGCCCCAUGCUGUGACAUUUGACAAGCUUACAAACUCCGCUAUCAAGGGUCUCACCUUUUUAAGGAGUCAAAUGUGGUAUGUCAGGCUAUUUUGGUCAAUAACACCGGGAACUGGGCUCAAAGCUGUGAGUAAUCUACUUCUGAAUGGUCACUAUUUAGCCCUUCACAGAUAUGAACUGACUCGAGCAGCUAACACCGAUGGGGCUGAUACCAUAAGAUCAUCUCAUAUCACAUUCAACAACUGGACUGUCUACAACGGCGACGACAGUAUAUCACUCAAAGCCAAUAGCACUGAUAUUGCCAUCACAAAUAGCAAGUUCUAUAACGGACUUGGAAUUGCGAUGGGAAGUAUAGGGCAGUACAAAGACGAGUUCGAGACUAUCGAAAGAGUGGUCGCCGAGAAUAUCCAAUACAACAAUACACUACACGCGGUUAGUGCUUUCGUAAUACAGAAAUCCGUUCUCAUGUGUGGGGUUACUGAGAUGAACUUUCCUUAG